UUGGGAACAAACUAACUGCACACAAUAAACCUUUAAGACAUGGGAUAUUAUCUAAGCCAAUGAUAAAGUAGAAAGGGCUCACGGAAUCUUUGUAAUCCUCUCGACCUCCAACAAAUUUCUGCAUGAUAAUAUCGCAAGUGCCAAAACAAUACUUACGUGAUCAAUAAAAUAACAGCCGGGCUCGAUCGUAAGGACCAUUCCUUGCUCCAGUACUCUUGCCGUUCGUAGGGAUUUUAAGCCCUAGAUUUUAAUUCAAUUAUAAAAUUAAAUUAUUACAUUUUGUUUUAUUUUACAACAUAUUUGAUAAAUAUUUACAAGUUGGAUUCCACACUGGUGUACAUAUUUAAAUUACAAUAACAUGUGACGUAGAUUGACAGUAAAGAAGAGAAGUCUAACACAUACAAUGGACUAGUAUAAAAUAAAUAUGAGGGUUAUGAAACAUAUUACAAGUAGUAGAUUAUUAUUACAUUAAAUUACAGAAAGUCCAAUCUAAUCUCAAAUUUUGUGUAAUGCUGCUAAUUCGAAUAUUCACCCUUAAGUGUGCUAAUUAGAAUUGAGGUCGGAUUGUCUUUGCUGCGUUGGAAGGAAGCCGAGUUUGGAGUGCAUGGGAUUUAUUUAUUUAUCUUGUUUUAUCCUGUUCUACCACACCACUCGUUCUGUGCUUCAGGUGUUACUUCUCCACGCGACAUUUAUUGCUGCCCGUGUUUACUUUUCAUCUCAACAGUUAUUUGCUGAUGGUAGUUUUUAAAUAAUUAUUUGUGACUAAUGGCAGGCGGUGAAGGAAAAGGGUCUCUCAGACCGUACAGAUGCUGGGCUCCCUGCAAGUCGACAUUCGCAUCAGCUGCUGCGUUGGGUGUACACCAAAUCAAGUGCCGUCAUAAUCCUGCCUUACGCCGGACAAAUAUUUCAACCCCGUUGACACGGUUUUUGAGGCCAAGUGUUCCGGUGCCUCAAAAUCUGACUCCUCUUCCAUCCCCGACAGCAGGGAAUCGUGUCGUCACGGCAUGUGCGACAAGCACUACCCCCAUCACAUACCAAAUUCUGUCGCCUCCACCGACACCUCCUUCCCCGGAAGUUAACGAUGGUGCUGAUAAUACUAGGAUCACCGGUUUGAAGAGAAAGUUGAACGAUGAUGACGACGGCACCGGAUUAUCUGAUAGUUCAAAUCAUCAUCUCGAGGGUCGGUCAUAUUGUCCAAAAAAAUGUGGCAAGCAUUUUGUUGACAAAUGUGGCGCAACAAGACAUGCUCUUUAUUGUGGGAUCACGCCGGAAGAAAAAAAGGAUGCCGUAAUUAAAAAAUUUGCAGGGGAUCCUCGACACGUUUGUUCGAAAUGUGGAGAGGUUUUUGCCAGUACGAGUAUGAAAUCAAGUCAUGAGGAUAUUUGCAUUUUAACUGCAGAAGAGGUCAAACUUAAGUAUAAGGAUGAUGAAUCACACUUCUGUCAGACAUGUGGAGAUUUCUUUGUACAAGUGAUCAACAGAACAACUCAUCAAAAAUCUUGCGGUGCCACAAUAGAUCAACUACACAUCAAAUUCAAGGAUGACCCCCGUCAUUGGUGUACAGAUUGUGGUGAAUUUUUCAUACAUUAUCAGAGCCUCCGCAGCCAUGUUGAGAGGUAUCACUCGGUUUUGGAUAUUUUAACAAUGACGGCGAAUCAAAUGAAACGGGUUCAUCCCCUCAAUCACAAUAAGACUGCAAUAGGAAAUGAAGACUGCCUCGAUCCUUCGUUCCCAAACUACUCGGAAAUUAUAGAGAAAAAACUUCAAUGGGUAGAAUUGUUUAGUCAGAGGGAAGUAGCCAGUUAUGUAUACAGAGCAUUUGUUCUUGGGCCUCUGUUUCGUCGCGGGACUGACUACAGAGAAUUUAUUCUUCAACAUCCGGAACAGACGGCACGAUAUUCGGGGAUGAAAUCAGAGGAUGGAAGAUUUUCGGAUAUAAAUAAUUGGCAUAAACAAUCCCCACCCCUGUCUGCACUAGGCAGAGGCCAUAUGGAGGGAUUGGAGGUCGUCUUCGGUGGGGACACCCUGUUUGAAGGACCAGAUGCUGGCAAGGACGCCCGAGCAUUAGAGGCCUUGGAAAUAAAUUUUGGAUAUUACUAUCAACAAUACUCUGAAACAAAGAUGCGGUUCCUUAACACCCGUAGGGAACUGUCCAACUUGGCGUUCAACCCCCCAACAAAGAUUAAGGAUAUGAUUGAGCAUGCCGUUCGAGGUGACGACAUAGUUCCACUUGAAGCGUCACUCACAAAAGUUGAAUUUUCCCCUGUUCUCUGUGACAAUAAUGUCGUGACCUCAACUUUCUCCCCGUUGAAUAUUUCGACCAGACCUCGACCCACAACUGAAGCUGACAUUAUGACGGAAGUCGACACUCUCUUUGGCCAGUUGAUGGCAGAAUUGCGACUGCUUUCUCCUUCAAGUUUUAAUGUAUACUCUGUCCUCCUCUUCAAGAAGGCAGACUUGGGUGGGGUUUCUCGACCGAGAGAAAUAUUGGAAAAGCUGUUGGGCUCGGAAGAACAGACUCAGUUGGAGGCUUAUCACGGGAAAGGCGUGGAAGCCAGUGAUGGUGGAAUAAAUAGGGCGCAUUAUGUCAACCCAGAUUUUGACACCAUUUUGAAGGAAUUGAAGUCUGGAGAGAAAAUAGCACUUCAAGUUGCUCGAACACGGUGCACCUCUCGUGAAGAUGCAGAGGAGAAGGAAGCUUUUCUUCAGUAUGAAACAGGUGUCGUGAAUCGGAAGAAACCGCAUGGAAUAGUUCGUAUCGUUCCACUAAAUAUCAGAACGGAGUGGGCAGCGUGGAGACGGCUACCUGACCAUGUCAAGAGAAUUGCUCAAGAAAGUGGAGAGAGAGGUAUUAUGCCUUUCUCCUUCGGAUCAGCAACAGAGGAUCCACUCUGGAAGGAUGGAGACUUUGAAUUUCCAAUCAACCUGCGGCGUCAAUUAUCUAAGCCUGAACUGAAAGUGGUUGACUCACACUUUCGAUAAUCAAUAUACUGUGUUCAUGAAUUAAUAGUUGUUUGUUAUACUUUUUGGAAGUUUUUUACCGGUUCGGAUUGUCAAUAAAAAACUACAAAGUAUUUUUCUCCUUACCGCAA